AUGGCAACUGAUCUCUCAAACCCUGACGAUCAAGAUUUUAUGGCUAUCAUCGUGAAUGAAGGUAAAAUUGGUUUUAUAGAAUCACGAUGUCGAGACUAUUUAGAUGAACGAACAUAUAGGCAUAAAAUUUGUUCAGACACAGGAGAAUAUUCUGAUGCAUUAGAGUUUUAUGCUCCCGUUGGAUCAUUAACUAUUCAAAGAAUAAUUGAUGAUCAUGAAAAUUUAGAAACGAUACGCUUACGAAGACCAGCACCAGAUAUUUUACCAAUAAUAAUAUCGAAGAUUUAUAAUGAUUCUGAUUCGUAUAUAAUUCCAUCGGAUAUACUUAACAUUUAUGCUAUUCUUCCUCGUGCACCGCGUUAUCUACUCGAAGCAAUUAUAUGUGAAGUAAAUCAACGUUCUAUUGUUUUCAUAAAAAGAUUAGAAACAAAUAACUGGUAUUAUUAUCAAAAUGGUUAUGCAUGUGAAAAACUUAGUAAUGAAUUAGAUCAUAAUUUAAAUGACAUAAUCGAAUCAAGAUCAGAAAUGGAACAAAUACGUCUUAUAAAAGCAGCACAUUUUCUUAUAUCAUUCAUUUUUAAUAAUGCAGUAAAAUAUAUUUAUCGACAAGAAACUUGA